ACCCGUCCUCCCACAGCCACCGCUUCAGCCCUGCCGCCCCCAUGCACCGGGUGCCCCCUGCCAGCCCCCCAGCCCGGCCCCGGGCACCCCGCAGCACCCACCCCGCAGCCAGGCUGGGCUCGGGCACGAUGGACUUCUCGCUGGCCACGGCGCUCAACCUGGAGUUCCGGGAGACGCGCACCAGCGAGAGGGUGCAGAUGAUGGAGCUCAACGACCGCUUCGCCGGCUACAUCGAGAAGGUGCGGCUGCUGGAGCAGCAGAACAAGGCGCUGGAGCUGCAGCUGAGCCGGGCGCGGGACCGGGAGCCCUCCCGCCUGGGGGACGUGUACCGGGAGCAGCUGCGGGACCUGCGGAGCCGCGUGGAGCAGUUGGGCACCGCCAAGGCCCGGCUGGAGAUCGAGAGGGACAACCUGGCCCAGGACCUCGGCAGCCUCCAGCAGAAGCUGCAGGACGAGGUGACCCUGCGGCUGGAGGCCGAGAGCAACCUGACUGCCUACAGGCAGGACGUGGACAACGCCACCUUGGCUCGCCUGGACCUGGAGCGGCGCGUGGGGACCCUGCAGGACGAGAUCGCCUUCCUGUGCAAGGUCCACGAGGAGGAGCUGCGGGAGCUGCAGGAGCAGCUGUCCCAGCAGCGGGUGCAGGUGGAGGUGGACGCCAGCAAGCCCGACCUGACAGCCGCCCUGCGCCACAUCCGCAGCCAGUACGAGGCCGUGGCUGCCAGCAACGCCCAGGAGGCAGAGCAGUGGUACAAGUCCAAGGUGCAGAGCCAGCUGGUGGCCCCAUGGAGGGGUGCCCUGGCUGUGUCCCCCCUGGAAUGUCACCUGCUGGAGGCUGCGGUUGCUCACCCGUGGUUGGGUGGCGGGGAGGGGGUUUGGGAUCUCCAAAACCGUGUCAGGGAUGUUCCUCCGUGUUCCCGGGGCUGUGUCCCUCCUGUGGAGCACGGCAGGGUCGCGUCCCCAGGCCGUGUGCCAGCAGGACACACCCCAGUGUGUGGUGCCAUGCCAUGGCACGUGUCCCUGUCCCAGCUUCGAGGACCUGACGGAUGCGGCCGCCCGGCAAAGCGAGGCCCUGCGCGCCGCCAAGCACGAGGCCAACGAGUACCGGCGCCAGCUGCAGGCGCUCACCUGCGACCUGCAGGCCCUCAGGGGCUCGAACGAGUCCCUGCAGAGGCAGCUGCGGGAGCUGGAGGAGCGCCACGCCCUGGAGACGGCCGGCUACUGGGACACGGUGGCACGGCUGGAGGAGGACACCCAGAGCCUCAAGGAGGAGAUGGCCCGGCACCUGCAGGACUACCAGGACCUGCUCAACGUCAAGCUGGCCCUGGACAUGGAGAUCGCCACGUACCGCAAGCUGCUGGAGGGCGAGGAGAGCAGGAUCACCAUCCCCGUGCAGAGCUUCUCCAACCCGCAGGUCCGAGACACCAGCCUGGCCACCAAAUCCGUGCCAGAAGCCCACGUGAAGAGGAGCAUCGUGGUCAAGACCGUGGAGACCCGAGGUGGAGAGGUGCUCAAGGAGCCCAAGCAGGAGCACCAGGAGAUGCCGUAGGGCGGAGGAUCCGGAGCUCCGCAGGGCCCGCCCGACGCUGCGAGGGAGCCCCGUGGGCGGGCACAGGGGACGGGAGGAGCCGGCGGUGCCUCGGGUGGGGCAUCUCCCUCCGCCGCACCCCUCGCCUCUCCCACCUCACCCCGUGCCCAGGGACCCCUGGCAGCCCGUUUGGGGCUGGCAGGGAGCGGGCACUGUGUGGGGCGGGGCUGGGCAGCGCCCGGGAUGGGGGGUGAGGAGAUCCGGGCAGAGCCAAACUCCCCCACGGGAUCCCGCCACGUUCCCACGGCACGGGGUGCCGGCGGUUUUGGGGCUGUUCCAGCCUCGCCCCGGGUCUCCAGCUGUGCCAAUGGAGAGGGUCCAUCCUGUUUGGAUCUCCGUGCACCGGGUUGGAUGAGAUGGUGGAGCCAAGAGCAUCUUCCUGCACCCACCUUGCUGCCCUCUCUGGUCUGGGAGACCCCCUGGGUCUCCCCAGCGCACCCUGACCCCCAGCACCCUUGGGUGGGGGGCUGCAGAGUGCAGGGCACCCGCUGGAGAGGGACAGGGGUCGCUGAGCUCAGCUGAGAGGCAGGGGCAGGAAAGUGGGGAGGAUGGGGAGGCAGGGGAGGAGGAAGAGGACAGUGGAGAAGCAAGAUGCUCUCAGGAUGGUGUCAGAGGGUGAUGAAAUGGGGAUCAGGAGGGGCUCCUGGGGGUGUCCAGGGUGGUUUGUGGGGGCAGAGUGGGCUGGGUGGCCUCAAGAGCUUCUCCUGGCACGGAGCCAUGGCCCUGUCCUGACCCCCACACCGGGUGUCUGCCACCAGGGUGUCCCCAACACUGAGACCUGAGGGGCUCGUGGUGAGUGUGACCCCUGGCCCUGCACCUGGGGGUCCCACACAGGGGAAAAUGGAGAGAAAGGGGGUGCAGAGGAGGAGGAAGAUGUUGGGGGCUCUCACAGAUGGAGCCAUCCGUCCUGCCUGUCCCACCCGGGCUCACACUGUGGAGAUCCCUUGUCCCAGAUCCUGUCCCCUCCCCCAGACCAGCACACACCCGGCAGGGCCAUCGCCCAGCCCCACUCCCACCUUCACUGCAGCCACUGACCACGAGCAGAGCCUUCCCUGACAUCACCUGACACGGGAGCAACAACCCAGCAGCACCUCCUGUGCCCUGCCAGCCCCCAAAGACACAUCCCUGUCCUUGGAUCCACCCCCUCAUCCCUCUGUCCCCCUCAUCCCUCUGUCCCCCUCGUCCCCCAGCUCAGCUUUGCUUUGCUCCAGCUCCAGAAAGGCCAUUCCCGAGGCAGGAGAUGUUAGAGGAGCCCAGGGUGGUGCCCAGGGUGGGAACCCAGGGGGAAUGCAGUGUGGCCCCCACGAGCAGCCUCCCUUGUGAUUAAUUUACACACUAACGCCUGUCGCAGCUCGGGGGGAGCAAUAAAGCUACUGAACACUCUG